GUGCGCAGUCGCAUGUUUUUUUGUUGGGUCGGUCGGACAAAAAAAAAGUGCCGAGCAAACCUGGGAGAGGAGCCAGAUCUUCCCAGAUGUAACUGAAAACAACCAGAAGCGUUCUCCACAGAACACUUAAGCCAGCCUCCCGUACCCUACCUUGGGCCGUCAUUAGAGAGACAUUUCUAUCUCCUUGUCAGACAAAUUUUAAUUGUGAGAAACGUAGACAAGCCGGGAGCCAUAGUCCUCAUCAAGACAUGCAGAGACACUGUUUCCUUGCCGUUUGAUGGAAGGAAAGGACAUGUUUGACAUCCUAAACUCUUCAUGAAAUUAUCCCUGCUAGUAGCUGGUACACUACACUCCUCACAAAUAUAAUAAAGGAAGUCUUUUUUAUUUAUAAAUCUAAUCAGAGAGGGUAUUGACUCUCUAAGGCACAGAGAGAGGCCUGUUGCACACAUCCUUUCACAUGCCUGGUGGCAGCCAAUCACUGCGCUGCAAUGGAGAAUUGUGGCUGCAAAAGAACUAAUCGCAGAGGCCGCCGUCACCUCAGCAUCACCUGGGAGAUAGCCUAGCCUAACUUAGCUUAGCUCAGGUCAGCACUUAGCUACUGACCCUCCCCCCCUGCCCCACCCUUCCUCUCCCUCUACACCCCCUCCCGCCUCUUUCUCCCCCUUCCAAGUGAGCAGCCAUGGCAUCAGUGCGCUUCACGGUGACGCCCACCAAGGCCGAGGACCUCCCGGGGCUGUCCGACACGUCGCCCGACAUCAGCUCGCGCUCCGGCGCCCGCGUACGCUUCGGCUCCCGGGAGAGCGUCAACCGGAGUGACCCGCUGAGCGAGGCGUCUGGGGGCCUGUCCACCACAGGGGGAGGGGCCGAGACGCCGGACCACAGCAACUUGGAGCAAGGUGAUGGAAACUCCAAAAUCUCCAGUGUGUACAUCAACAACACUCAUGGGGUGGAUGACGACGACUUCUACGACCGAAACUUGGCCUUAUUCGAGGAGGAGAUGGACACUCGGCCAAAAGUGUCUUCUCUGCUCAAUCGCCUGGCAAACUACACCAACCUGACGCAGGGAGCCAAGGAGCACGAGGAGGCAGAGAGCAUCGGAGAGAAGAAGAAAGCCGGCAAGUCUCCGCAGAUGGGGACCUUCAUGGGCGUCUACCUGCCCUGCCUGCAGAACAUCUUCGGGGUCAUCCUGUUCCUGCGGCUCACCUGGGUGGUGGGCAGUGCGGGGGUGCUGCAGGGCCUCUGCAUCGUCUUCAUCUGCUGCUGCUGCACGCUGUUGACGGCGAUAUCGAUGAGUGCCAUCGCCACUAACGGAGUUGUUCCAGCGGGAGGCGCCUACUUCAUGAUCAGCCGGUCUCUGGGUCCAGAGUUCGGGGGGGCCGUGGGCUUGUGUUUCUACCUGGGCACCACCUUCGCCGGAGCCAUGUACAUCCUGGGAGCCAUCGAGAUCCUGCUGAUGUACAUUGCACCCAAAGCAGCCAUUUUUGAAGCGAAGCACCCCGAAGGCGAAGGGGCGGCCAUGUUGAACAACAUGCGUGUCUACGGCUCCAUCUGCCUCCUCCUCAUGUCCCUGCUGGUUUUCGUAGGGGUGAAGUACGUCAACAAACUGGCCUCCAUCUUCCUCGCCUGCGUUAUCGUCUCCAUCGUGUCCAUCUACAUCGGGGCGCUGGUCUCCGCCUUCAAACCGCCUCAGUUCAACGUGUGCAUGCUGGGAAACAGGACUAUCAGCGGGCAUGAAAUUGAAGACAAGCAAUGUGGGAAAACGGUCCUGCUGCAGAUCAAAGAGCAGGGGGACACGGUGGAAUACAACUUCACUGUCAGUAACGACACCAGCACUCUGGGCCCCACCUUCGACCCCAGCCUGGCCCCCCCUCUCAUGGAGAAGACCACACACCUUUGGAGACAUUUCUGCCAGGGAACAGAGAUCAACGCCUCCUGCGACGAAUACUUCCUGGCCAACAACUUCUCUCAGAUCGAAGGCAUCCCCGGUCUGGCCAGUGGCAUCAUUUCAAAGAACCUGUGGAGCUCGUACCUCAGUAAAGGCGACGUGGUGGAGAAAGGCUCCCUCAGCUCCUCUCAUGUUUCCCCCCCGGCCUCCACCCAGCAGCCCUACGUGUUCGCUGACAUCACUACCUCCUUCACGCUGCUGGUGGGCAUCUUCUUCCCCUCCGUCACAGGAAUCAUGGCUGGUUCAAACCGGUCGGGGGAUCUGAAAGACGCUCAGCGCUCCAUCCCCAUCGGCACCAUCCUGGCCAUCCUCACCACCUCCCUCGUCUACCUGAGCAGCGUCGUGUUGUUCGGAGCCUGUAUCGACGGGGUCGUCCUCCGAGACAAGUUCGGAGACUCUGUGAACGGGAACCUGGUCGUCGGGACUCUGGCGUGGCCGACUCCCUGGGUCAUCGUGAUUGGCUCUUUCUUCUCCACAUGCGGCGCCGGCCUCCAAUCGCUGACCGGCGCUCCCCGGCUCCUGCAGGCCAUCGCCAAGGACAACAUCAUCCCCUUCCUGCGGGUGUUCGGACAUGGGAAGGCUAACGGGGAGCCAACCUGGGCCCUGCUGCUGACAGCUCUGAUAGCCGAGCUGGGGAUCCUCAUCGCCUCCCUGGACCUGGUGGCUCCCAUCCUGACAAUGUUUUUCCUGAUGUGUUAUCUGUUCGUGAACCUGGCCUGUGGCCUCCAAACUCUGCUGAGGACGCCCAACUGGAGGCCUCGCUUCUCCUAUUACCACUGGACUCUGUCGUUUUUGGGGAUGACGAUCUGCCUGGCGCUCAUGUUCAUAUCCUCCUGGUACUACGCAAUCGUCGCCAUGGUGAUCGCCGGCAUGAUCUACAAGUACAUUGAGUACCACGGAGCGGAGAAAGAGUGGGGGGAUGGGAUCCGCGGCCUCUCGCUCAGUGCCGCCCGCUACGCCCUCCUGAGGCUGGAGGAGGGACCGCCGCACACCAAGAACUGGAGGCCUCAGGUGCUGGUGUUACUGAAACUGGACGAGGACGCCCACGUCAAGUCUCCUCGCCUGCUGACCUUCGCCAGCCAGCUGAAGGCGGGAAAGGGCCUGACCAUCGUCGGCACCGUCGUCUCCGGAAACUUCCUGCAGAGCUACGGAGAGGCCCUCGCUGCCGAACAGACCCUGAAGCACCUGAUGGAUAAGGAGCGCGUGAAGGGCUUCUGUCAGUGCAUCGUGGCCCAGAAGCCCCGGGACGGCAUCAGUCACAUGAUCCAGUCCAGCGGCCUCGGAGGGAUGAAGCCCAACACGGUGGUGAUGGGCUGGCCUCACGCCUGGAGGCAGAGCGAAGACCCUCAGGCCUGGAAGACCUUCAUCAACACGGUGCGGGUCACCACAGCAGCCCACCUGGCCCUGCUGGUGCCCAAAAACAUCUCCCUGUUCCCCAGCAACAGCGAGCCCUGCAGCGAGGGCUACAUCGACGUGUGGUGGAUCGUCCACGACGGGGGGAUGCUGAUGCUGCUGCCUUUCCUGCUGCGCCAACACAAGGUGUGGCGGAAGUGCGGGAUGCGGAUCUUCACCGUUGCCCAGAUGGAGGAUAACUCCAUCCAGAUGAAGAAGGAUCUGGCAACCUUCCUCUAUCACCUCCGCAUCGAGGCUGAGGUGGAAGUGGUUGAAAUGCAUGACAGCGACAUCAGUGCGUACACCUACGAGAGGACCCUGAUGAUGGAGCAGAGAUCUCAGAUGCUCCGUCAGAUGCGGCUGUCCAAAUCCGACCGGGAGAGAGAGGGACACCCUGGUAGCAGCAGCAGUAGGACAGAGGCAGGUGGAGCUGCAAGGUCUCAGGCUCAGCUGGUGAAAGACAGAAACUCCAUGCUGCGUCUGACGAGCAUCGGAUCAGAUGACGACGACGACACCGACGGCGGAGAGCGAGACAGGGCCACAAACGCCACCGGGGGAGGAGGAGGAGGAGGAGGGGGAGGCGACGGUGGCAGGGGAGGAGGUGGAGGAGGAGGAGGAGGUACCGAGCAUCACCGGCGAGUUCAGAUGACCUGGACCAAAGAGAAGAGCUCCCAGUACAGAGCGGCUCACUCGGGAUGCUCCACGCCAGAGGGAUUCAGAGACAUGCUCAGCAUCAGGCCGGAUCACUCCAACGUCAGGCGGAUGCACACCGCGGUGAAGCUCAACGAGGUCAUCGUCAAUAAAUCCCACGAUGCCCGGCUGGUGCUGCUCAACAUGCCGGGGCCGCCCAGGAACACGGACGGGGACGAGAACUACAUGGAGUUCCUGGAGGUCCUGACUGAAGGACUGGAGCGCGUCCUGUUGGUCCGAGGAGGAGGAAGUGAAGUCAUCACCAUCUACUCCUGAUUGGACGAAACUAAGGAAGCGAUAAAGACGCAGCCAUAAUCACAUAGAAGCGAGCGAAGGGGUAGACGACGGGGAGCUCUGCGGGUGUGGGGGGGCAAAAGGAGAGACUGUCAUUGGCUGUCAGCCGUCACGCCUCCCCCCCUAACCCUUUUCCUUUUAUCCUUAGGGUUUCCAUUCCACUUAUGUCAAGCUACAGAAAUGCCAACACAAUUCCACGAACGAGGAAAGUGUGUGUGUGUGUGUGUGUGUGUGUGUGUGUGUGUGUGUGUGUGUGUGUGUGUGUGUGUGUGUGUGUGUGUGUGUGUGUGUGUGUGUGUGUGUGUGUGUGUGUGUGUGUGUGUGUGUGUGUGUGUGUGUGUGUGUGUGUGUGUGUGUGUGUGUGUGUGUGUGUGUGUGUGUGUGUGUGUGUGUGUGUGUGUGUGUGUGUGUGUGUGUGUGUGUGUGUGUGUGUGUGUGUGUGUGUGUGUGUGUGUGUGGUCCACCUGUAGUCUGUUGAGAAGGGGACCAGUGUUGUGUUUUUUUGGGGGGGGCGGUGGAACAGCGAAUGAGAGGAGAUGCAUCGAAGACUCAGGGUGUCUUUUUGUACAGAAUGUAUUUUGGAAGUAAUUGAGAGCAGGUCGACGUCUGGAUUUACUUUUUGUCUCCUUGAGGACACGUUAUAAUAAAGGCAUUAUUAUAAUACCACAUAAUAAGAGGAAGAGUAACACCGCAUCAACAGGAAGUGUUUUUAACCCUGCUUACCGGUUCUUUUAAAUACAAGUAGUGUCUUUACUUGAAAGUGUGUUAUUACUCAUUUCCUUUGCUUAUCCAUAUGCACAAACCUCCGAAUUCUUUUCUAUUGGAAGCCCAUCUUUACCAGGGAAAAAAUCUCAAUAAAAUGAUGGUCAUGAGAAGAAGAAAAGCCUCAACCAUGUGUUGAAUCUAUUUUGACUUUGAGUAGAGAAAUUGAGUAAAAGAAAAAGCCAUUGUUAUGACUUAAUGCGUCAAAAGUCAGUCGUGAGAGUCAAAGAAAAUUCUGACAUACUGUAAUAAUAAAGACGACAUGAGGAGAUAUUACGAUGACUCUCAUACCUCUCUUUUUUGUCUCUUAGUUAAAAUUAGCUUCUCUUUCUCUUGCUACUCCAUUCAUCUCAUGGCAACAAAUGUUAACGUCAAGAGGCACAUAUUCUAAUCAGCACAGCAGUCAGACACUGUGUGCUCUGCUAACGACAAGGAUGGAAAUAGGAAUUGUUCUUCAAAGUACCGACACGGUUAUGAUUUUGAAGUGAACCAAGGAAAACCAAAAUCAAACCACCAGUAAUGAAACUUUUAAAGCCCACGUUGGACUGCAUGUCACUAAUAUCAUGUUAGAGUAGGCGACGGCGGUGUAGAGUGAGUUUGAAAAAGCAAGGUCGAGAAUGAAUACACUGCAUGCUGUCGAAAUGUCACUGUCACUUGGAGGUGUGUGUGUGUGUGUGAGUGAGGAUUCUUUGGCAAAUCAAGGUGUUUUCUGUUCCUUCAAAUGAGAAUAGUGUGUGUUGUAUGAAUGUGCCCUAAAACUACACUCACCGUUCAAUUCAACCUGCUGACGUCCCUGUGAGUGUGUGUGUGUGUGUGAGAGAGAGAGAGGUGUUGCUUAAGUAAGGAACUGUAAACUGGAGGUGUGUGAUUUCACUCUAAUGCUUCUUUUUUUUUUACAGUGUUAUCGUGCAGGGAUUCUUUUAUGUUCAUAGUUUUUCCUAAACGGGUUUUUUUUUUCUUGCUUGUACAUAAAGACAAAAAAAGAUCCCAAGUUUUAUCUUUUUUUAAUUACAUUAAUAUAAAAAAAGGAAUCAUAAAAAAGAUGCUUGAAAAAAUACGGAAAGAAAUAAAGACAUUUUGAAAGAAA